AACUCGUACGUGGUGCUGGCCGGCUUGUCGGACGGACUCGUGGCGGUGUUCUCGGUGUCCCAGGGCAUCCCGGGGGACAGCUGCUCUUACCUCUGCUCCCACACGGCAAACAGGUCCAAAUUCAACAUCUCGGACGAGGACCCGCGGCAGAACCCCUACCCCGUGAGGGCCAUGGAGCUGACCAACAGCGGGGCCGAGGUGUGGUACAGCAACGGCCCCGGCAUCCUGGUCAUCGACUGCGGCGCCAUGGAGAUCAGCAGGAGGCUGGAGCCCUUCAGCCCGCCCUCGGCCAUCGCCUCCCUCGCCUGCACCUCCGAGUGCCACGGCGAGGAGGUGGUGUGGUGCCUGGAUGAGAAAAGCAACUUCCUGGUGAUGUACCACGCCAGCACCUACCAGCUCUGCGCCCGCUACUUCUGCGGGGACUGCAGCCCCCUCAGAGACAUGUUCACCAUCCAGCAGCCUGCGGCAGCCAUCCCGGCCACGGCGCCCCUGGGCCACGAGCCGGCCCAGAGCGACCUGCUGGAGGAGCUGAGCAUCAUCUACAGCCCCGAGGUCGGCACCCAGAUACUGAACCACCAGGACUCGCUCACAGAUUACUGCUCCGUGUCCUCCUGCUCCUCCUCGCCUCCCAACGUGAGAACCCGCUGCCCCUCCAGCCUGCCCAGCUCCCCCCUGAGCUCCUCCAGCGCGCUGCUCUCCACGGAUUUCGAGGAGUCUGACAAAUUUCAGGAGCUGAAGCCUUCCCUGGAUGACGAUGCUGUGCCUGCAGGUGACAACACACAGCAUCUCCAAGCUGUCAAGGUUCUUCCAGUGAAGGACCUCAUAUGGAUCCCCAGGAGGGGAGGGGACAUCAUUGUCAUCGGCCUGGAGAAGGAAUCCGGCACGCAGCGGGGCAGAGUGAUCGCUGUGCUGAAGGCUGGAGAGCUGGCUCCCUAUGG